UCAGCCAAGAAACUUAUCUGUCUGGCAAAUGGCUAUGUAUAAAGAUAACUAUCAAUGUCAUGAGGUAACCCAUUUCAACUGCCAAGCAGAGCAUGCAGUAGGAGGAAGUCCACCAAGUCUUGAUAUGACAAUGUUCUUUACUCCUGGAUCACUCAGCUAAGGAAAAAAUGGACACGGAAUAUAAUAGGAGAGAAAAUCUUGCUCUCCCACAAGAGCCAUCCGGUGUGCCUGAAAUUGAAGUCUUGGAAAUAUCUCCCCAGGAAGUAUCUUCAGGCAGACUAUUGAAGUCUGCCUCAUCUCCACCACAGCAUACAUGGCUGACAGUUCUGAAAAAAGAGCAGGAGUUCCUAGGGGUAACGCAAAUUCUGAUUGGUUUGAUAUGCCUUUGUUUUGGAACAGUUGUCUGCUCUGUAUUUAAUAUUUCAGACUUUGAGGAAGACAUUUUUUCAUCAUUUAAAGCAGGUUAUCCAUUCUGGGGAGCCAUAUUUUUUUCUAUUUCUGGAAUUUUGGCAAUUAUAUCUGAAAGGAGAAAUGCAACAUAUCUGGCCAGAGGAAGCCUGGGGGCAAACACUGCCAGCAGCAUAGCUGGGGGAGCAGGAAUUACCAUGCUGAUCAUCAACCUCAAGAAGAGCUCGGCUUAUAUGCACAUCCACAGUUGCCAGAAAUUUUACGAGACCAAAACCUGCUUAGUGGCUUCUUUUUCCACUGAAAUUGUAGUGAUGAUGCUGUUUCUCACCAUUCUGGGAUUUGGUAGUGCUGUGUCACUCACAGUCUUUGGAGCUGGGGAAGAACUCAAAGGAAAGAAGGUUUCAGAUGAUCGUGUUUAUGAAGAAUUAAACAUAUAUUCCGCUACUUACAGUGAGUUGGGAAACCCAGGGGAAGUGUCUCCUCCCACUGAUUUAUAAGAAUCACAUGUCCAGAACACUCUGAUUCACAGUUAAGGAUCCAGGAGGCCAAGGUCUUGUUAAUGGGACACUGGAAAAAUUUAUAUUCUCUCCACAGUCUGCCAAUUUUACAUUAGAUUUUUUCACCAGAUGAGAAUAUUUUGUUUUUGUUGCUUAUGUUUACCUUAAUAUGCUCCCUUCAUUUGUAGAUAUGAUAUACUCCUAUUUUUCUUGUUUUUUUAAUUAUGAUUUCACACCCAUCCCUUCUAGAAAAUCAACAUGUAAUAAGAAAGAUUUAACUGUGUGUUUAUAAUUGCAAAUACAGAAAACAGGAAGCCUGGCUGAAAGUUGAGUUAAACUUUGACAGCUUGAUAAUAUUUGAUUCUUAGUUGUUUUUUGUUUCUGUUUUUUUUUUAGCAUUCCUAAUAGUUACGGUUGGGAACGGUUUGUACCACCCACCGAUACCCACGUAGUCACACACACAUAUAUAUUACUUACACUAUAUAUAAUUUUUAUGCAAAUAUUUUACCACCAGUCAAUACAUUUUUGCAAAGAUAUAAAGUUUUAUAAAAAUCUGCAUAAUUGCCUGAAUCACCAGCACAUUCACUGACAUGAUAUUAUUAGAUGGUGUUUGCGGAUCGGUAAGUAGGAAAUGGGGAAUUUUAUUAAGUUAUCCCUUGUCUGGUGAGGUAGAUAGAUGAAAACAGGGAAACUAUAAGUGGAGAGAUCACUUAGUGAGACAUUUGUGAAAAAAAGAAGAAAUCAAGACCCAAGCUGAAAUAAAGUGAGUGGCAAUGGAAAAAAUGGUUAUAUCUAAAACACGGAGAAAAAGAAUAACUGGUAGAUUUUGUUAACAAAUUAAAGAAUAAAGUUAGACAAGCAACUAGUUGACUAAUACAUUAGGUGUUUGAGUCCAAGAUCAAAGGAGAACACUGGUUAUGCUAAAAAAAGAUAAAACGUCAGAAAUAUGAACCGUAGAGGAAGAGUACAAACAGACCUAAACUAAACUCAUUUUUAGACUUUCAUUUUCAGGAGAAAAAGGGAAAUGUAGUCUUAGAGGGCCUGAUGGCAUCCCAUACAGAGUUCUGGUAAACAUAAAAUUCGAUAGAGGUUUAGUGUUAUUAUAUGAGAAAUCAUUAUUAAAUGAAGCAAGUUAAUACUCUAAGAGAAUUAUUCUGAGAUAGAAGUGAAGCUAAGUUAAACUUUACAUGCCUAUAAUUGGAGGAAAAAACUAAGAAUAACAUCUAGAAUAGAAGAUACAAUAAUUAGUCAUGAACAUGCAUUGUGAAACAAUAGAGAACAGAUAGCCCAAAAUAGACAAAGAUUAGAUAAACAGAAAAUAACUAACCAUCAGAGACAGUAUCUGUUGGCUUGGGCAAGAGAGAAGUCCACAGUGAUAACCAACUCCAUAUAAGACAUGAAUGUAGGGCAGAGAAAAUAGCAAUAGUGAAUGAAUGCAAAAGGCACUGAGAAAUUCCACACAUAGGUGUUCUGAUGAGUAAAUGAAUACAACACUUGCAAAGGCCUUUAGAGACAGAGAAUGGGGGCAUAUGUGAGAAACACGACAGUUGAUUAUGAAUAGAAGGUGGUGAAGAAAACAAAGCUAAGAAAAAUUUCUGUUUAUUAAAGAAGGAAAAGAUAGUUUAUGUUUUUAGCUUAAGUAUCAGAGUCCUGUAGAGGGACUGAAAAAAAUCAUUCUGAGAGUAUCAGUCACAAUGAAAUAAUUAAUUACAUUUUAUGUAUUGAGGAUGCCAAAAAUAAAAGGUGACAGGUAGAUGUUAAUUUCCCUAGAUUAUGAAAGUAAUCACGACAGUCACACAACAAAUAAUUAAGUGACUUGGUUUGCUUUAUUUAAUUUCAGGACCUGAGGUUUUCCAUUCUUAUUUUUCUAAAAUAAAAUUUUGUUUCCUCAAAUUUGACAGCAGAAUAUAAAACCCUACCAUUUCACUGCUAAGUUGCAUCUCUACUCUUGACCCUCUGUAGGUAUUAAUCAUAUCAUUUCUAUGGCAUGGAUGUUUACAUACAGACUCUUAAACCUGGUUUACUAGGGUCUGUAGGAGUGGAUCCAAUCUGUCUUUACAGUUGUAUAAUAUAUGAUACCUCUCUUAUUUCACUCAAUUUAUAUUUUCAUCAUUGACUACACAUUUCUCAUGCACAUCACACACUUUUUUUCUCAAGAUCAUUCUGAGAGUUGUCCCACCCUGCCUGCCUUUUAUAGUAUGCCCACCUCAGGCAGACACAGAGCACAAAGCUGGGGUUCUCUUCACACUAUCACUGCCCCAAAUUAAAUUGUCUUUCGAAAUUUCAACUCCAAGGUCAUUUUCUCCAUGAAGAUCACUGAAUGCACAUCUUUUCAUCCAGCCUUAAUUUCUUACUUCAUAAAACUACUCUAUCCCAUGAUGCAGUAUUAUAUCAUUGAUUAUUAGUGUGCUUGUGAUCUCCUUAUGUAUUCUCAAUUAUCUGUAUUUUGCAAUAAAUUGGAAUAACGUAACUUGA